UUUUUUUUUUUUUUUUUUUUUUUUUUUUUUUUUUUUUACAACUUUGUGUGAUGGCCUGCUAGGCUUUAGAGUCUGGUGCAUGGACAUCUGUAUUUAUUUUAGGAAAAGUAUCAGUUUCCAAGAUAGUUGAUUAUUUGAGACACACAACUAGUCGGGGAUCGGAAGACAGUGGUCUUGAAGAGCUGUGCAACAUGCUUGACCCAGAUCAGAAAGAUGUCUCUGUGGACCUGGAAACAUACCAUGCCAUCAUGAAAGAGUGGAUUGAGGACUGUAAGAGAAAAUGGGAAGAUGAUGCCACUGAGGACCCAACAGCAAACAUGGAAGACCUGGAAUUUAAAGUGCAUAAGAACACCUCUGAAGCAAAAAAGAUGCCUGUCCAGAUGAAUGUUACAUCAGGAAGCUUGGAGGCCUUUGGUGGUGAUGUGUCUAAAGGAGACAUGUAA